AUGGAUGACUUUGCUGCCUCUACUGAGAUGGCAUUAGAUGAGGAUGGUCUUUUAUCUUCUCUGCUUGAGGGAGAAUCUUCAGGUUUGGAUCUAGUGGUUGACCUGUCAACCUUUAGCAAAUCGGUUGACCAGUCCACUCUUGACAAUUCUGUUCCAGUUGACCUGUCAACUUGUCAUAAUAUUCUCAGAAUCCCAGCUCAUCUGUUUUUGUUGAAAACUCUCUAUAGAAGCAUGAUAGGAAGCCUUCUCUACUGA